CUCAGCUUAAGGUCUGACUUAACUCAAGCUGUGACUGCAACUUUUGAAAAUCUUCACCAGAAAUACUGGCAUAGGCUCUACAGUGGACAGGAUGUUGCAGGCUGCCUUACUCUUAACUUUGGUUGUGGGUCUGCAUGGGAUUUACUUGCAAGUUAAGAAAGAUAACAUUUGGUAUAAAUCCUUCUGGGAAGGAAAGCCGAAUAUUUUUUUUUUAAUCACUGACAUGUCAUGGGAACAUACACCGUUUGCUGUCCAGAUUUCGUCCGAGGAUAUAAGCCAAAGCAUGCAACAUGGAGAGUCGAUGCUGGCGGAAAAGGAUCAGAUUACUCGGAAUAUAAAAAGCAAGAAUAUGAGCUUACCUCGUGAUUCCCCUGCAUACAUGCACCAAAUACUAUUUAAGAGGUCAUCCCCACGUUCCAUUGAGUUAUCAAAAAAGGGCUACAUGAUGGACCAAGCCACUUCUUUCCUUAAGGACAAACUCAAACUUAGCAAAAUGAAUGUAACCUUUGACUUGUUUUGGUCUGAGACAUGUAACGAAACCUCGCCGACACCUGUCUGUGGAAGCACGCCCUACCGGUCCGCUAACGGCACCUGCAACAAUAUUAACAAUCCAAAUUGGGGAGCCACUUUUAGCCCCUUCCGCCGCUUGGCUCCGACGAGCUAUGGUGAUGGAGUGUCAAGCCUGCGCCUUGCCCAGGACGGGUUCGCCUUGCCCAGUGCCCGCCGUGUCAGCUCCACUGUCAGGCACCCCCGACAGAUCGAGGGUCAUCCCGUCUCCGUCCUUUUCAUGACCUAUGGGCAGUUUCUGGACCACGACCUGACCUUUGCACCUGUCGCUGGCGAGAAUGGGGAGGCGAUUCCGUGCUGUCCCGAGGCCCUAGGCGACACCCCCCCCCACCCCGAGUGCGCACCAAUUUCCAUCCCUGCAGAUGACCCCUUCUACGCCCAGUUCAACCAGACGUGCAUGGAGUUCAUCCGUUCAGCGUCUGCCCCACGCUGCCAUUUCGGUCCACGAGAACAAAUGAACGAGAGGACGGCAUAUAUCGACGGCUCUCAGAUCUACGGCACCAGCGAUGAGAUGAUGAAGUCACUGAGAACGAUGGAGGAUGGUCUGCUCGUCACCCAGAUAACCAAAGAGGGCACGGAGCUUCUUCCUCCAAUUAAAGACUUAUCGAACGCGUGCAACAGGGAGGAGAAAGCUGAUGCGGACCAGUUCUGUUUCCAAGCCGGAGACAUGAGAGUGAACGAGCAGAUUCUGCUGACAUUGUUUCACACUGUGUGGGCACGUCACCACAACAACAUAGCAGCUAAACUGAAGUCUUCAAACCCUGCAUGGAAUGAUGAAAAACUGUUCCAGGAAGCUCGCAGGAUUGUAGGUGCUCAGCUACAAGUGGUCACCUACAAUGAGUACCUCCCUCGUAUCAUAGGUUCCAAACCCUACUUGUCUCCAUUUGACUACACCAAUUAUGAUUCCUCGAUAAGUGCUGGCAUCAGCGCCGAGUUUGCAACUGCUGCAUUCCGUUUUGGACAUAGUCAGAUUGCGAGUACUGUGGAGACUUUAAAUUCAAGGUUUGGUAAAACGAGCACUGAAUUGUCUUCCCUGUUCAUGAACCCAUUCGAUCUUUACAUCAAGGGAGAGAUACCAAAGUUAAUGCGUGGGGAAGUUAACCAGCAUGCCCCUCGUGUGGAUACUGUCUUUACCGAAGAAGUGUCUGGGAAGCUCUUCAGAGGAGGGCUGCCGUUUGGACUGGAUUUGGUGUCCCUUAAUUUGCAGCGUGGGCGUGACCAUGGCGUUGCAUCCUAUACAACGGUCAGAUCCAUAUGUGAUAAUUUUGCGAUCAGUAGCUUUCAUGACCUACAAGGAAUAAUGGAUGCUGAAGCGAUUGAGAGUCUAAAGAGUGUAUACAACAACGUGCAUGACAUUGACCAUCGGGGUGGUUUAGCAGAGAAACCCUUGCUUGGUGCGCGAGUGGGUCCCACGUUUGAUUGCAUUUUAUCUGACCAAUUCAUAAGGUUAAAAUAUGGUGAUAGAUUCUGGUACAAAAGUGCAACAUCAAACUUUACACCUGAACAAAUGCAAGCGCUGUCUUAUACUACCCUGGCGAGCAUCUUGUGCGAAACCAUCCCAGAACUGGUGUUUAUCCAACUAUGGCCCUUGUUGGUGCCCACCGGAUUUUAUGGAGCCAAUAGAGUGCAGCCGUGUUCUGAGUACUACAAGCUCAACAUGACUGUGUUUAAGGAAUCCUAGGUGUAAACCAUAGCGAAUUUGUGUUGCUUUCAUCCGAAGCAUGAAACAAAUAAAUUUUUUAAAAAUUUAAUGUA